UUGUGGUGUCGCAGUGCAGUGUAACGUUGUUCAUCAAUUUUCGUCUACUUUACAUGGGAGUAUUACUUUUUGUUGUGGUAUGAAUUAUCACAACAAAUAAACAGUUUUGAUAAAGUUAUAACAAACUUUUAAAGUUAGUAAAAUGGAGCAGGACGUUGAUACAGGAUAUAGAAAUGUUUGCGGUACUUGUCUGAGCGGUGAUCGAGAUUUAUUUGAUUUAAAUAAUUCACCGCAGGUUUAUCUAAUAUUCCGAUUAUUAAUGUACGAUUUCGCGGGCGAUAGGUUUGGAGAAUCUCUGCCAGAAAUGGAUCAGCUAGUUUGCUGGGAAUGUCUAGCCUUGAUGAAGAGGUUCCAGAAGUUCAAGUGGCAAGUCCACAGCGCUCAGGAGCAUCUCCGAGUGUUGGCGCUGAGCAGGACGCAGGAGACCGUGGACCACACAUACAUGUCCCACUCACUCUCUAACUUGGAAAUAGAGACCAAAGCAGAGUACGACAAGAUAUACUUUGAAUACUCUCCGUCCCCUGAAGACCGGGCGUACAUCAUCUCACACACUCAAAGUGUUAAGAGUGAGAAUUAUGAAGUAGCUCAAGUCGUGAGGGACAAUAAUCUGCUGGAUAUUGAAGAUCAUAUUCUUGAAGUACCACAGAUAGUGUUAGAGAAUCCUGUAACAGGCGUUAUGUCGCACAUAGUAGUGGGAACGGAUGCCCUCGUGUCUUCCGAUCCUCUCACACAUACUAUAAAGGAGGAUAUGCCCCAUCUUACUGUCGGGCCUAUUACAUCAUCAAAAAUUGAAACAGUAAUUAUGUGUCAAGAGAGAAAACCGAAAAUUGAAAAAACGGAUCCGAAAUUAGGAUAUGUUACUGAAUACAUGAGCGAAACUGAAAUGCUGGCUUAUAGAGAGGAAGCUAAGCAGAAAGUUCAAUACGCGAGUUCUGUUUACAAAUGCGAGCUUUGUAUCAUUGGUUUCUAUAACCAACAGCAAGUUGAAGACCAUUUCGUAUCUGCACAUAGAGCGAAACCCGGCCAAAUAGCCUGCAAAGUAUGCUACGUAUACAUAGCAGAGGACAGCAUGUCUUCCCACACCGCGUCACAUUACUCGCGCUACCGGUGCAAGCUGUGCUCGCACGUCGAGUACACCUGCAAGCCGAUACAGCAACACGUUGCGGCACAUCUCAGCAGGCACACUAACAACGCUACCAUCAAGAUUGCUCACAACAACACUGCUAAGGGUCGUAAAAAGAAAGGCAAAGAUAAAGACGCGGUGUCAACGCCUCCUAAGCCGGGUGAUCUUCGCAAGUUGUUGUCUAAGACGUCUAUAGAGGGGUAUCAGUGUUUGGAGUGCGAUAUGUUUUUCAAGAACUCUCGGGCUCGCAAGAACCACGUGGCUCGAUACCAUAGAGAAGGAUUACAAUGUGAUCACUGUAAGAAGAGAUUCGUCAACAGAACCACUUUGGCGACGCAUCUCAAACUCCACGAAGGACCGCUACCGCGUGCCGAAUGUCCGAUCUGCCACAAGAUGGUUCGAGUCAUCCAACUGAAGUACCACAUACAGCGACAUGAGAACAAGAGCCGCUACUCGUGUGUGGACUGCAACAAGACGUUCUCGCACUUAGCCACGUACCAGGCGCAUCUCAAGUACUCCCGGGCGCAUGCCAGCGAACACGUCUUCAAAUUCCCGUGUCCUAUGUGCAAUAAGGGGUACCCGUCUAAAGAAGCGAUGCAAGACCAUUUUAACUACCAACAUCUCGGAAAAACUGUACACAAGUGCCCUAUCUGUGAAAAGCCAAUAGCAUCAAGAGCGAACGUAGAAAAACAUCUAAUGCGAGUUCAUGGACAAAAGAAGGAGAAACCGCGGAACCAUAUAUGUCAAGAAUGUGGGAAAGCUUUCACUGAUAAAAAAGCUCUCACCCAGCACGAAGUAAUUCACUCCGGCGAACGACCUUUAUCCUGUGACAUUUGUCAACAGACGUUCAAGCAAAAAGCAUCCUUAUACACACAUAGAAAGAGAGUACAUAAGGUGUUCCCUGCAAAACGACAUGUAGAGUACAUGCAAGACAGUGUACAGCAUUGUAAGAUUGAGAGAAUCGUGUGAACAUGAUAUAUGUAAGGAGAUCAGCCAGCUUAUCAUCUCCCGAGCCUUUUCCCAACUAUGUUGGGGUCGGCUUCCAGUCUAACCGGAUGCAGCUGAGUACCAGUGUGCCACAAGGAGCGACUGUCUUUCUGACUGGCUCAACCAAGAUGCCCUGGCUAUCCAACACCCCUUGGUUAGACUGGUUGUCAGACUUACUGGCUUCUGACUACCCGUAAAAACUGCCAAGGAUGUCCAAUGACAGCCGGGAUCUACAGUUUAACGUGCAAUCCGAAACAUAAUAUAUAUAUGAUAAGAAGAAGAAAUCGACAGAUUGAAUAUUGAAAACGACCACGGUAUAGUAUCCCGAUUUAAUGAAUACAAUAGACUAGUUUCAGGACUGCUGUAAAUAAUUUAAAUGUUUGUGUUUAUUUGUAAUAGAAUAGGUUUUUUUUUUUGUAUUUAUUUGAGAGGAAUUAUUUCCAGUACUCCAUUUGAGCAGGCACUUAACUUAAACAAUCUUGAUAGGACUUACAUAUUAAAUGCUUAAAAUAAUGAUGCAAAUGA